GCGAGCGGGUGUCCGGGGAGCGCCACGGUGCCAAGGCUGCGCGAGCCGAGGGCGGCGGCCAUGGCCCGGGCAAGGAGCACAAGAUCAUGGUGGGGAGCACCGACGACCCCAGCGUCUUCAACCUGCCCGACUCCAAGCUCCCCGGGGAAAAAGAGUUUGUACCCUGGCAGCAGGACUUGGAUGAUUCUGUGAAGCCCACCCAGCAGGCCCGGCCUACUGUUAUCCGUUGGUCUGAAGGGGGCAAGGAGGUCUUCAUCUCUGGGUCCUUCAACAAUUGGAGCACCAAGAUUCCACUGAUUAAGAGUCAUAAUGACUUUGUUGCCAUCCUGGAUCUUCCAGAGGGAGAGCACCAGUACAAGUUCUUUGUGGAUGGACAGUGGGUUCAUGAUCCAUCAGAGCCUGUGGUUACCAGUCAGCUUGGCACAAUUAAUAAUUUGAUCCAUGUCAAGAAAUCUGAUUUUGAAGUAUUCGAUGCUUUAAAGUUAGAUUCCAUGGAAAGCUCUGAGACAUCUUGUCGAGACCUAUCCAGCUCACCCCCAGGGCCUUAUGGUCAAGAAAUGUAUGUGUUUCGAUCUGAGGAGAGAUUCAAAUCCCCACCCAUUCUGCCCCCUCACCUACUCCAAGUUAUUCUUAACAAGGACACUAAUAUUUCAUGUGACCCAGCCUUACUUCCUGAACCCAAUCAUGUUAUGCUGAACCAUCUCUAUGCGCUGUCCAUUAAGGACAGUGUGAUGGUCCUUAGUGCAACCCAUCGCUACAAGAAGAAGUAUGUCACCACGCUGCUCUAUAAGCCCAUUUGAAGAGGACAUCACUCCUUGCCUCCAAGGAUUCUGGAGAAGCGUCUCCCUUGCCUUUGAACUGACCCGGUCUCCUCUGAGGCUGGAAGGCUGAUUUGUGUUGAGGUUGAUCUGUGUGUUUCAGAGCCUCUGAGUAGGGGGCUCUGCUUUUGCAUUUGAUUGCAGAUGAGAGCUUUAUGAGUUCAUGGAGUUUAUUUUAAGAAAAACAAAACCAUAUAUAUGCAUAUGAGGGGAAGGUUACUGGAAGCCUCCUAGCCCAGCUGUCUAGGUUCUCUGCCUGUGGGUAGUUGCCAGGGCCUGAGAGGGAGGCUGCGGCUGCAGGAAUGAGUAUACAGAAGCUUCUUUUCCUAAAAUGAAAGAAUAGCAAACUCCUAGGAUCCUUGUCAGGCAGAGGUUCUGCCACUGUUCCCUGGUGUCAGAGGGUCAGCAGUGUGCCAGGCUGCUGCCCUACUCCAGCUGCCUCGUUGGAGGGUGGCUUUCCUUGCAUGGAUUGAUUCUGUGUUUCAUGGUAUGUGACACAAUCUACCGUGUUUUUAUAUGACACUAGAUGCCCCACAAAGAACCCUCACUUUAUGUACCCUGUUUAAUAGUUUCCCUCAGAUCUCACACAUGACCCAGUAAGGUGAGAAACCCUCUUGAAAAGUUGUGUGGGAUUAGACUCACCUUGGAGACUGGAGGUCUCCUUUUUAGCCCAGCACGGGCUCAACACACUUUAUUACAACUUGUUUUGAUGUCUAAACAAAAGCAGUGGCUCAGUAUUAAGAGAAAUGCCUAUCUUUGUGUUUUAGUUUGGCCCUGUAUAUUGAUUGACUGUAUGGCACAUGCUAACGGGCUUCCGCCAGGCUUGGCCCUGUUUCCAGCUGUUCUUCAUCAGAGCAGACAGUUUGUCAUGUAGAAUUAGGGAGCCUUCCAUAUCUUUCAUCCCUGAAAGAGUUUUAUAUGCCUACCUUUUUUCUUUAAUUAAAAAAAAAUCCAUCAGUUUUAACAGCUAUUAAAGAUGCUCAGGCUUUUGACCAGCGGUUCUUAAGAGGUUCUUCUCCAGUCUAGGGAGUCCUAUAGUCUUGGGUUAUUAUGGCAGCCAUGUGUACCUCAUUCAUUACCCAACCUCUCCUUUAGACCUGAGUUCAUGCAGUUCAUAGAUGCACAUUCUAGAUUCCCCCUUAAAGAUGUGUAAGGUGAGGAACUUUAACUACCCCUGUGUUCAUAACCACGCACUGUUUUGCUCUUUGCACCAAGUAUUAACAAGAUGCUUUUUUUCUUGCCUCUUUCUUUUAAAUGUUUGACUGUGGAGUGGGUCACUAGUUACCACUGACUGAAUAGUAUUUAACCCACUCAGGAUUCAAAGAAAAUAUUUUCUUCAAGUAUCUUGACACUUCCGUUUUACAGAUAAAUGCAAGCCAAGCAUUUAGUGUCGUUCAUGGUUGAGACACUUCAUGUCUGCUAAGAUGAGCCAGCCACAUUGAGAGGGACCUGCAGGUCAGUUUUUAGCUACCUCCUGACUUUCCACAUUGGCGCAACCGUCCUCUUGGGAUCCUGAGACCUCUCUGAUCACAAGUGUGAAGCAGGAAGGUGUGGGGAUGUUUCACAGGGAAUACAGAUUUGUUGAAUGCCUUGGUAGGUAAUUGGUGGGGUGAGUACUGCUUCGGCCAUCCCAAGCCACUUUCCCCUCCUCUCUUGUAGAGAACCUUUAUUGUGCAAUUGAAUUUCUGGAUAGCGUGCCAUUUUGGAAACUAAGGUCUAAUCCUAUCAUAACCAACUUAGCGGCUCUUCAGUUCUACUGAAAGGCUGUUGGGUUUUGUUUUGUUUUCCCAGUGCCCAUUUAGAAGUUGGGCCAUGGAGGAGGAUUUAGGGUCUCAUUGUUACACAGUGGCUUCUGUUGUAUCUGCACUUGCUAACAUAUGAGCUGGAAUCAUCUGUGUGUUCGUCGAUUAAACUUUUACUCCACACAGGUGUAGCAAUAGAAGAGUAGGGAAACUGUCUUCAUUCUCCGGCUGAGACUCUGUGAAUCAGGUGUGGCAGUGGGGACAAGAGGGUUUGGGUACUGGUGACCUUCAUUCAGAUCUUUCUCAUCUGGAAUGACAGUCCCUAGUUCUAAAGUUAUCCCAGCCAAACUUGAAAUUCUAUCUGGUGUGGAAGGAGUGGGGUGAGGGGGGCUGGCUGGUGACUCCAGCACUGCCUCUGUCCUUAUGGUACUUGGCCCUGGGGAGCUCUGUCACUGUCACCAGAAAACAAUGGUGAAGUAAGCAGAGGAGGUUACUGCUUUUCUAUUGAUUACUUUAAGGGACAGUUUGUUUUCUACACUAAAAAGGUGGGUAGAAUCUGGAAAUAAGACAAAACAUUUUAGUCUUUUUAAAAUUUACUUUUUUUCCUUACCUAUAGGAAUUUUGCAGUCAAGUUGGUAGAGAAAAACAGCCCUUAUGGAGGGAGGGCUGCCUCUUAAACACCGGGGUAGAGAUGAGGGUUAUGAGGGAAUAGAAGGAAUGAAUGAGCUAAGAAGUGGCACCAGGAAACUGAAGGGUCACGUAGCUUGGAACUGAAAAUACCCUCUUUAAAAGAAGAAAAUUAAAGCCAGACAUAACCUGGGUCCUUGGAUUUCAUUGUACAGAAAACUUAGCAGCCUGUAAAAUGUCUUCUCUCAGCCUCUACCUGUUCUCUGUCUUUUCUCUGCAUUCCGCUUGACUUUGUUUAUCAGUAAGACAAGUUCACCAGGGUGUCAGGUCGGCUAUUGCCUAAAACACUGGUCUGUGACUUCAGCAGUAUGAAGAACUUUCACAGUAUGGUCAUUAGCUUCCUGUCAACCUAGACUUGAGUAGGAUUUAGCCACUGUAGGCGACACCCCUGAAGGGUGACACCCCUGAAGGGCACACCCCUUAAGAGGCUAGCUUCAAGAGCUAGCCUCGUAAGUCUGAAGUACAAAGGAAGAAUCUGGGUUUCUGAGAGGAACCUUGACCCACUCCUGUUGGUUUUGAUUUCUUGUAGAUCUAAUGGAUCUUACUAUCUUUUGAAAGGUGUCAGUAUUCCAUGCAUGCUGCUUAAGUGAAGUGACAUAAAAUUGGGGGGGGGACUUUUAAAUGUUUGACCUCAAAACAAUAUGCAAUAGUCGCUGUGUGUGUGAGUGAGUGUGUUUCACUCUGUUCUCAGAUACAUUGUCCUCGCCAUCUUGUGCUUUGGGGCAUAAGAGCAGAUAAGUAUUUUGUUCCUAUUAUGACUCAGCCUCAAAACCAAGUUUCUGCUGUCUGCUGUUGGGCUGUAGACUCCUGUUAUUCACAAACAGGAGACCUGGGAGGAGUAAGGUUCUUUUAGAACUCUACAGUGUGGUCUAGGCAUUUGUCAGUCCUUAGGUGACAGUCACAGCUGGAGACUAAAGGACUAACUUCUCCAGUGAACUUGGUGUUUGGGAUAGAAAGACAAAUCUUUUCAAUUACAGGAAAGAAGAAAAAAAUCUCAAGUGUGCUGCUUGUAGGAUCUGCUCCCACUGGAGUCUAACCUGGACUUGGUCUGGGCUGUGUUUCUCACUAUUGCUCUGAAGUGAGCAAGUCUCAUUAACAGUAAAAAUACUUACUAGUUCCAGCAUCAGUUGGAGUUUUUAUGAACUGUGUGUGGUAUAGCACUUUUGCAUUAAGAUUGGUGUGAAAUACUAAAUGUUAGGGAUUACAUAGUCAAGGGACACCUACAGUAAGAGUUGGAUCAGGUGUUGACCAUCUUCUCCUCUGUGCAGCACCUUCCCCAGCUUACCAUUUUAGGUAAUUUUGUCCUAAAUUCUGUGUGGUGGCCUAUCUGAGACACAUUUGAUUGGCAGGUGUUGGUUGUUCACACUCUGUCACUUGUGAAGCAGGGCUGACUUAAUUUGAAGACAGUUACAUAUGCCUGAGUCUCUUAAACGGUGCUGUUUGUGGCCUUUGAUGCUGGCAUGCAGAGCUAUUUCAGUAUUUCACACUGGACUGUGACAUGCCUGAAAAACUGUAUAAUGUAACACAAAAAUGUGGGUUUGUUUUUUUUUCCAUAAAACUGUCUAAUAAAAGCAUUAUACAGCAAUAA